AUGGAUGGAGAUCAUAUUAUUAGUGAUAUGGAUGAUGACUGUUGUUUCAAUCUAGAUGAUUUAAAUAAUCUAGAAGAGGUUUCUGAUCUAGAUCCUCUACUAGAUCCAAACGAAAUUAUAAAGGAGAUACCAAUAUAUUUAUCUCAACAACUUUCAAAUAAACUUUAUAUAGUUCAAUUCCCUGUUCGACCACGUUCUAAUCCUUAUGUUGGUAAAAAUACUCCACGAGAAGCACGAUAUAAACCACAAACGAAUAAACUUGAACUUGACAUUCCAUUACAAACCAAUUCUUUAUGGUAUAAUCGAGAUAGAGGAGAAGAAUUAAUGUUGGGAUUAAAUGAAAAAGAAGCUCAAACUAUAUAUGAUCGAACAUGGAAACGAGGAGAUCAAACUGAUGGAUUAUUAGAUAAACAAACGUUACAAUCUACAAUUGUUCCACCACAAGCAAAUUAUUGGAUGGGAGUGAUGAAGGAUGCACAAGUUUUGGAAGAAGAAGGAAAUUUGAAUGAUUUAAAAGGAGUCAAAUCUAUGAAUACUGAUGAUCCAGGUAAUGCAGCAACUGAAUCUAAUUCAGAUAAAUCUAUUCUUAAAAAACAUGCUCGUCCCAAAUCACAACAACGAGUAGGAGAAGAAGAAAUCUGGAUGAAAAUGAGAUAUUGUGAUAUGGAAUCAAUUGAAACCUCCAACUUAUUUGAUCAACUUAUCACUAUAAAUAAUGAUCCUUUGAUAUGUAAAACAGCAAAUAUGAAUGAAUAUCUUGAUAGAAUUAAUCAAAUAACCGCAAACAACCCCACCACAGCUACAACAUUUGGUGCAAAAUCUCAACCUAUUAAUAAUCCCAAAAAUCAAAAUAAUACAAGAGGAAAAGGUACAACAAGAGGAGCUAGAGGAUCAAGAGGAUCAAGAGGAAAGAAAAAUCAACGAGGAAAACAUACUUGA